AUGGAUCUUAAUCUAAGUGAUAUUAUUUAUAUUGAUUCUUGUGAGACACUAGAUGAGGAAGAUUCAACUGAAGGUUUCGCUCAUAGGGAAAUUAAAGAUGCAACUGUUUCAAUACCAGAAAAUCCAUUACAUGAUAAUUUGAAUUCACCUGAUGCCAUUCAAAAUCCAUCUAAAGAUAUUAAUUUGGAUUCAGCUACAUCAACAAAUCUUCUUGAUAAAAAGUCGUUAAGUAUUUUUCAGUUAGUUAUCAUUAUUAUUUCUUUCCUUCGUUUUAAGAGAACUUACUCUCUUAAAUUGAAAGCUAAAAAUGAAAUGAAUGUUAGGUUGCAGAAGAUAUUGCAUAAUAGCAAUAAAAAGAUGAAAGGUGAUUUGGAAAAGGAAAUGCAAAAAGAAAAAAAAAAAAUGGAAGAUGAUCAAAAGAAACUGCUAAAAAAAAAAAAAGAAAUAGAAGUACAGGAAAAGGGAGUUCUAAGACGUAAGGAAGAGUGGGAAGAGAUAAAGCUAAAAGAAAAGCAUGGGUAUGAUAAGAGUAUCCUAAAACAUUUGGAAGAGCGGGAAAAGCGAAUUCUAAAAAGAGGCGAAGAUUGGAAAAAGAGAACGCUAAAAGAAAAAAUUAAGUUGGAUAAGAAAAUGCGAAAAAAUAAGGAAGAGGGGGAAAAGAGAAUGCUAGAAAUAAUUGAAAAGUUUGAAAAGGAAAUGCUAAAAUAA